AUGCCGCCUGCUCGAAAGCGUCGCGCUCCAGCCAACGAGGACCCAGACGACUCAGACGCAGACGUUAGACCACCACAACGACGUAGAGUGUCCGAUCCCGACGAAGAAGAUUAUGCUGGCGGCGAAGCGAGCGCUACCCAAGGCGAUGGCAACUUUGAAGCAAUGGUCAAGAACAUGGUCCGUCUAGCUCUGGCAUCUGAAUACUCUCGAACAACCAUCAAACGCAACGACAUCACUGCCAAAGUUCUUGGUACGAAUGCUCGACAAUUCAAAGCGGUCUUCAACGAAGCCCAAACCCAAUUGCGAGGAACCUUUGGCAUGGAGAUGACCGAACUGCCGGCANAAGAGAAAGUCACCUUGGCUCAACGCAGAGCGGCCCAGAAAUCCCAGACUUCGCAGAAGAGUACUUCAACUUGGAUCUUGACAUCGGUACUGCCUGAGAGAUUCCGUCAACCUGAGAUACUGCCUCCGUCACAAGCGCCAACCUCUGAACUCGAAUCCCAGUAUACGGGACUAUACACGUUCGUCGUGUCAGUCAUCUACCUGAACGGCGGUAUGCUACCAGAUGGCAAGUUAGAACGCUAUCUCAAGAGAGUGAAUGUGGAGGACGCAGCGGCGCAGAACAGUAUCAACAUCAUGGCCACUGGAGGAGACAAGACGGAAAAGCUGCUCAAACGCAUGGAAAAAGAUGGUUAUGUUUUCAGGGUUCGCGACAACUCAAGUGGAGAAGAGACGGUCGAAUGGUACGUCGGACCUCGUGGUAAAACAGAAAUCGGCGACAGUGGAGUCAGAGGAAUGGUUAAGCAGGUCUGUGGGGAGGUGGAAGAUCCAGCGGAGCUUGAAAGAGCGCUAGAACGCAGUCUUGGUGCCAAUGAGGUGCCCAAGAGAAGAGAAGAACAGGCGGCACAAUCCCAGAGAAAGGGAAGACGUCGCAGAACAGAGGCACGGGAUGAAGGUGACAGCGGCGAUGAAAGCAGCGACUCGAAUUGA